UAAGGUCGCAUGGAAUUUUCAGUGCUAAUAGGUCGUAAGCUUUCUGCAAGCUCAUUGAAGUGCGACAUCUGAAGCUUCUUAGCAACAAAACACUUAGGAGCGCUAUACCUUUCCCACCAUGGCCGACCGGAGACGAAUCAAUGGCCCAGUAAGCCAGACGACCCCUCCCGUCUAUGAUACGCCUCAAGGGAAAAGGGUAGCAAAGCGACCGGGCGAUAAUGCCGUUCGAAAGAUCUUUCUGAAAACAGGAGUCACUCCUUCAGCUUCAGGAUCUGCAUAUCUGGAAAUCGAAGACCCAUUUGCGACCCGUCCUUCAGGCACGAGCUUGAAGCUUACCUGCACUGUCCAUGGACCUCGAGCACUUCCGCGAUCAGCGCCUUUCUCUCCUCAUAUUAUCCUUUCGACGCACGUCAAAUAUGCACCUUUCGCGACGAGACAAAGACGAGGCUACCUACGCGAUUCGAGCGAGAGGGAUCUCGGAGUCCAUCUGGAAACAGCAUUACGAGGCGCAAUUAUCGCCGAUCGUUGGCCUAAAAGUGGUGUUGACAUCAUCGUCACAAUAAUUGAAGGAGACCAGAACCGUGACUCUCCUGAUUACGAUAGAGAUGAAGGUUGGGAUAUGAUGAAUGUCUUGAGUGGCUGUAUAACCGUUGCCUCUGCGGCUAUUGCGGACGCUGGCAUUGACUGCGUGGAUACUGUCGCAGGAGGCGUUGCGGCUUUAGCAGCUCAGGACGAGAAGAGCCAGCCAAGCAUCGUCCUUGAUCCGGAUGUUGCCUCAUAUCACAAGAUAUUUGCAGCGUGUUGCGUCGCGUACCUACCGACAAGGGAUGAAGUAACCAACGUCUGGUUCAAGGGCCAACUGCCCGCUGCGGACGCUAUGCUCUACAACAAAAUGGUCGAGAGAAGCCUUAUAGCAUGCCGCAAUGCGAACCGCGUCCUCAUCCAGGCUUUAAACGAGACGGUUGAUCAAGGGAAAAAGGUCUCUUAAGCUAAACUAGCCAUGGCGUAGAGCAUCUACCAACCAGCGGAUAUGGAUCCAAAUUGGGAGGUGACUUCAGGGAUAUGAUAGUAACCCCUUCCCAAGAACAAGUCAUUUUUACCCAGAUAAAUUCCCACGGCGUCUGUUACAUGCUGUUAAUAGUGUGGCCACUUAACAGGGUCUUCUGGAAGGAAAGGGCAUGCCAUGAUGACAGGCGGCAGAAGCUAAUGGACGUUGGCGUGAAUAACUGAGCUGCCGAGGUCUUAAAUAUCUCUUGCUUGCGCGCUAGUGUUUUAGGUAUACCGAGCUUAAAAUAUAGGUGCGGUGGUGUGCGAAGUAGAGCUAUGUAUUCAUGAACUACCUUAGGUACUUAACCUCUGUAAUAUAAGAAGCACUUUUAAGUGCUUAAGCUACAUAAUCAAUUAGGUAAUAUGCAUCAACUUCAA